AAUGAGAGUGGAGUUAGAUAAUUAGAGAGAUAAAUUGAUUCUAUUUUUAGAAAUAUAGCACGUUAAUAAGUAAGAGGUAAAAGAAAGGGAUGUUACAAUAUUAAUAAAGGAUUUAUUUAUACGAAUUUUAGACUUAGAUUAUAAACAGUUGGAAUGUGCAAUGGUUUAAAUGAUGGGAUGAAUAUUUUAGAAGAGAUUGAGAAUAAAGGAUAAGGAAAUCUAUUUUUUAAAUCUAAAGAUCAAUAAAUAGUUGAAUAAGGAAUAACUGCAUUGUCUUAUUUAAGAAAUUGUUUUAGACAUAUUUAAUUUCAUAAUUGGGAUAUCUAUAAUGCAAAUUAAAAUUGUUUAGGAGUUUGUGUUGUCUGUUGCCAUGAUUUCUCUUUUAUGAAUAAGAAGGUCAAAUCUAAUGUUGUCUUUGCAGGAGAAUUGACAGUUAAAGGAUCUAUACUUAGAUAGGACAAUCUUAGAGAUAAUAUUAUAUAG